GGCAUUGCCAGCGGCCGAUGCAUUGAUGGCAUCUCUCGUCAGCCGGAGGUAGCGGAUGACCUUCGUGGCGUGCUGCUGCUGUCCCUGGCCUUCAUGGAGUCCUUGACCAUUUAUGGUUUGGUGAUCGCUCUGGUGCGCCUGCAUGCUGCGUGA